GGGGCGGUCACUGUUUGUGUACCAGCGUUCAAGCUGCACGCUAGCUAGUCGGCUAACAAGCUUACGCUGCUAAGCAGUUAAACAUAUUCUUUGCUGAUUCCGAUUGGAAUCGAUCGUUGUGGGAUUACCGAUAUUGUGGCGCAAACUGGAAGUAAAUAGAACUGUCUUGACAUGGUGAAGUGAACAUUAGCAAUUGCACUGUGUCAGAAGGAGCCGCCCCUUGAUGUAUGAAUAUAAAGUGACACCACCCGAGCUGCAGCGGCCAGCAGCGCCACAACGAGGGAACGCCACCCGAGUCAGCAACAGAGAGCGCUCACUGGGGUCAGCAUCAUCCACGAUGGGGCCGGUUCUGCAUUGGGUGCAGGAUGUAGCAUCCGUCACUCUUCUGAAGGCCCGUAGGACCAUAUUCCAAGCUGCCGUUCUUUUCUGCGUUCUGGGUCUGCUGCUGUGGGUGUCAGUCUUUCUUUACGGUAGUUUCUAUUAUUCCUACAUGCCCACUGUGAGCUUCUCCGCCCCUGUGCACUUCUACUACACCUCUGAUUGUGAUGCUUCAGAAUCAGCGCUUUGCUCGUUCCCAACAGCCAAUAUCUCCUUUAUGAAAAAUGACAGGGACCAGGUGAUGGCUUAUGGGCAACCUUAUCGUAUAUCUUUGGAAUUGGAGCUGCCGGAGUCUCCCGUGAAUGAACAACUGGGCAUGUUCAUGGUUAAGAUGUCUUGUUACACCAGAGGUGGCAAGACUGUGUCAUCUGUUGGACGCUCAACCAUGCUGCAUUACCGAUCCAGUCUUUUGCAGACCAUGAGCACUUUCUUCUUCUCUCCUCUCCUCCUGACUGGGAUGGCUGAACAGAAGCAGCUCAUCGAGGUGGAGCUCUUCUCUGCAUACAAGACCAACAGUUAUGAACCCACCAUCGGCGCAGUCGUGGAGAUCCAGUCCAAACGUGUGCAGAUCUACUCCUGCCAGCUCCGCAUCCAUGCUUAUUUCACUGGCGUGCGCUAUGUCCUGUACAACUUCCCCCUGACGUCGGCGGUGAUUGGCAUCGCCACCAACUUUGCCUUCCUCGGUGUCUUUGUGCUUUUCAGCUACCUGCAGUUCAUAUGGGGUGGGCUGUGGCCUCCAGAUCACGUACGAGUCAAAGUCAUGAUGGGAGACAACACUCGCAUGCAGCAGAGGAAAGAGGAGGUCAGGAAGCGCAUGGAGAAAGAGAGCUCCCAAAAAGAGCUUGACAUUCCGAGAGUGAUUGGACCCGUGACUGAUGCAUCUGAUUCCCUGGCGAAUGACACGGUGGUGGAGCAGUCGUCAAAAACGUCCUUUGUAGAAGUGAAUGCCACCGAGCCUGAUGAUCCGAAUGCUGUAAAGGAGGCGUCUCAUGACUCGGCACUGCCAGAGGAUAAAGAACAGACACUCCGACAAAGAUCUGUUCCUGCAAAAAGUCUUUAGAUUUACAUGCACUCCAUUUGAGGGAGUUGCCAAUCAAUCUUAACACAAGCAAACACCCUCUAUUAAAGGUCAAACAAAUAUAAUGUAGAUUAGUGAGAGUAUACUAUAUUGCAUGUUAUUGUUUUAACUCAAGUACUACACUUUAUUUCCUGUCUUAAAGAGAGUGUUCUGCAUCACAGUCAGUCUAUCAGCUAUAAUGCAGGCUGACAUACAGUUACAAUUACAAUGUUACAUGACUUGUGGUUUUAUUACAUUGAGCACAUGCACUUAAACAAGUCAGAUUACAAAUUAGCACUAUAUGCCUCGUGGUUCAUUGAGAGUUAUAUUUUUAGUAGUUUCAGUAGGGCAAAAUGAAUCUGUAGCACGUCUCAUCCUGCACAUUGAGAAGUUCUGCCUGAGUGCAAUGGGUAGUUUAACGUUAGUCUUUGGUAUGUUUUGUGAGAAGAAUUCAGUUCACUUACAAAACUGGGCUUCAUUCCAUCAAAGCUAGUCUUGUUCUACAAUGCAGCCCAAGAAUACUGUAUUUAUUGUUCCACAGAAAACCGUUAAUAUUUUAGAUGCAUAUUUUUAAGUUAUACUGUAUGUUUGUUGGUGUAUCUUGGGAGACAACGAGAGGGUUUGAAGUAUUUCUAAAUAGCUCUUGGUUGGUGUUAAAGGUGAUAGGGUCACCCUCUUUGUGAUAAAGCUCAGGUUUAAGCAAGUUUAUUUAAAAGUGUUGGUACCAAAGAUAUUCUUAGACGUUUGUGCAAAAGUCUGUGUAUGAGCCCUGUAGUUGUAUGAAAAUACAUGCAUUGUCACUGAAUAAUAAAAAA